UUGUGUCGAAAUAUUUAAAUAUUUUAACUUUUCCAAUAUGGCUGGUAAUGAGGCUGGACAUGGUGCUAUUGUCAGAAAUAGAGAUUUGAUUGAUGUGUGGAUAGAAGCACCGAGAGGAAAUAGAAAACAGGUGGUUUAUGAAAAGAUAUUAUCUCUUAUUGAUAUAACAGAUGAACCUUCCAAACAUCUUAAAAAAAACAACGACGAAUUUCUGUUUCUUAUAGUAAUGACGCCACUCAGAUUGAUUGAUAUGGAAACGAAUAAGGUAUUAUGGAAAAAUGAGAGCCCUUCAUCUACUUUAUAUUGUAGGCCGAUCAAGUUUUUAUUUAAAAAGGAAAAUGCUGAUUUAGUGCGGAAUACGGAAAAGGAAAUAAUAACAAAAAUUGAAAAUACGAUUCCAAUUGAGAUUAAAACAAAAGAAGGGCACUCUUAUAUAAUUGACGUUGAUAUGAUGUUAACAAUGUUGGACGGCAUUGUUGGAGACGUUCUAUCAGAGACAAAUUCAACUAUGAAGUGCAUCAUUUGCGGAGCCACACCCAAGGACAUGAACACGUUAGCAGGGAUUAACCGUCCUCCUAACGUAGACAAUUACCGGUUUGGUUUGUCAACUUUACACUGCUGGAUUCGUUUUUUUGAAUGCUUACUCCAUAUUGAAUACCGCCUGCCAAUUAAAUCUUGGCAGGUUCGUGGGCCUGAAAACAAAGCUAUAGUCGAAGCAAACAAAAAACGAAUCCAAGCAGAGUUCAGAGCCAAGCUGUCUCUACUAGUUGACAACCCAAAACCCGGGUAUGGCUCCUCAAAUGAUGGCAAUACGGCCAGAAUUUUUUUCCACAAUCCACAAACAAGUUCAGAUAUCACAGGGGUUGACAGGGAAUUAAUCGAGAAAUUUGCGAUCAUCUUAGGAGUGUUAGCUAGUGGUUGA